GCGGGCUUACAAGUAGGUAAGUGGGUUGGGAUGGGAUGGGAUGGGUUGGGUUUGGAUUUGAGUUUGGGAUUGGGUGGCUGUACGCGUGCGCAGGCAAAUCUUGCGGGUUUAUGAUCUUGUUUUCGUUUUGCAAAAAGAAAAUUCGGCGUCGAUUUGUGUAAACAAAGUUAUAAAAGUUGGGGGGGAUUACGAGAAGCGGCAGAUAAGGCUUUCGCCAUAUAAGCUAGUGUGCCAGGCCACAGGACAGCACUCAAUCGAGAGACUUCGAGAAGAACACACACACCACACCAUACCAUACCACAACAUACAACGCAACAUACAAUGGAGCACCAUCACAUCUACCGCCACAAAAAGUUCGACAUGGCUCGCAAGACCGAGAAUUGCGAUUUGCUCCUCAAGGAGGAGCUGAUCUCCCGGAGCGGCACACCCUGCACCAGUCGGAGUCCGUUCGAUGAGGCAAAUCAGUCCCUCAGCUUGGGAUUCAGUGACCAGGAUGCUGACUUUCCCCCGCUGCCGAAGCGCCGUCGUUUGGGAUCCUCAUCCUCCAGCGUUUCCUACCACUCAGCCAGUCCCAUCAUAACCGAGGCCAUCCAAGACAUCUUCAAGUACCACGUCAACAUGGUGCGGAAAUUCCCCAAGAAGGAGCGCACGCCGAAGGAUCAGGAGCGCCGCAACAAGAACACCAUUGCCUGCAGGAUGAGUCGGCGGAAGAAGAAGUUCGAUGACCUGCAGAUCGAGCAGCAGUACAAGGAGUGCUCCGUGGAGCACCUCAAGAUCGCCGAGCAGAGUUUGCGCGCCAGGGUCUAUCUGAAUCACCUCAAGCAGCUGGUCAAGCAGGACGACCACCCGCUGGUCUCCGCUAGGAGAGCUCCGGAGGAGAAUACCAAGAGGAACUUUAGCAUCGACUACCUGAUCGGCGGCAUUAAGCAGGAGAAUGCGUAG